AGAUAUCCUUUUCAAGAGUAUUUCGUGUGGGUUAUUUUAUUGGGAUUAUGUUUUGGAUCGUACCAGUCUGUAGAAAUUUAUAUGAAUGUCUCCAGUCCAGCAUUUGGCUCAUGGUUGGCCAUUAAGUCUGUACGUUUGAUCGCUCUUCCAAGAGGGGUAGGGAUUGUCAUUUUAAUAACGGAAGGCGCGUGCUGGACGUUUGUCUGUGAUGGGCAGAACCCAGACAAAGCAAAGGCAACUCGGGAUGCCUUAUGCACGGGAAGACCCGUGUAUGCUCAGAACUAUUGAGACAGAGGAAGGGCUCGAGAAGUCUUUACCCAGGCGGGUCAGAGCAGGAGAGUACCUCUCUUCAUGGUGGGGUAUGUUGAUGGGCGCGGACAUCUUCGCCUGGAUCGAGUCCGGAUUUGAUGAUGGGCGGGAGUGUGCGAUUGUAAGGGUGACGCUGUAUGCCUCGCCCUCAUUCUGGAUCAAGCAUGGGAUAGAGUUGGCGCUUGGGCAUGGGAGCCUGCUUGUUAAGCCUUUAAGGGUAGCUGAGGCAGCUGCAGCAAAGUGGGCGAGGGAAGUGUUCCGUGACGAGGAAGAGCAAGUACUAACCCGUGUAGAGGUUAAGUACGCUGGAGAGUUCGCGCUUCCAUCUGCUCCACUGCGAGUGAUGGGAUCGAAGGAACCUGAGAUGGAAGGCCUGCGAGAGAAGAAUGCGGUCAAGGAGCCCGCUCAUUUGCCUAGUAUGCGGGAUUGGGAGCGAGCGAACACACCCAGAGUGGAGAUUGACCUCUUCAACGGCUGCCAUGUCUCUGACUUCCUCGAUAAAGUUGAACAGAUGGCGUCCCAACGCGAAUGGAAUGAGGAGCAGAURUUAGAAGAGGUCAUAAGGUUUAUCCAUGUAGAUCUGAAGGAGGAAGUCGGUGGAUUGAUCAGAAAGGCGGAGUCAUCAUGGAGGAGAUUCCAUAAUGACAUGAGGAAUAAAUACCGACUGGGUGAAGAGCAAUCGACCAGGGAUGAUCUUGAGAAGAUAGAAUGGUAUGAUUAUGUGUCAGCAAGGCAGUUUCUGGCGGAAUAUGAGCAUGCUUCACUCAAGGUUUGGGCACUGUCAGAGCAUGGCAACUGUUUUGUCUUCCUUAUGAGUUUUACGGGUGCAGAGCAGCGAGACUUGAUCCGUGGGACAAAAGGAAGACUUAUAUGGGAUAAGAUACGAGAAAACUUUAUAAAAGGAGAUUUUGACCAGCGUCUCUGCUAUAUUCUGCGCGAGGCGAGGAAGAAAAAGAAGUUGAGGCACUGUGAGAAGAGAGGUGAAGGCAAGAGGGUAGUUGAAGAAAAAGAGGAGUAUGAACCUCCCUGGUCAUCAGAGGCUCGAUCGACAGGACCAUCUUCUUCCCCUGCGCUACAAGAGUCGCAGAGAAGUGUGAUGGAAAGAGGAAGUAGAAAGGAGCGCAGAAAGAAGAGGAUACGAGACUGGCGGUCGAAGGUAGUAUGUAAUUACUGUGGGAAGGCCGGUCAUACACCUCGCAGGUGUAGGGAAGCAAGACAAGCCCGAAAAUAGAAAAGGAGAGGAACGAUAGGGAAAGGGGCGCGAUCAGCGCGAUAUAGUCUAGGCUCAGCUGAAAGUAGAGGCAUUGAGUCCAGACGACUUAGACAACUGGGAGUUGAUUGUGGGAGAGGGAAAACAGAUUGGAGGGGAACUCUCGCAAUAAUGGUCCGAUAAAGUAACUUGGGAUGUAGACAGGAGUAAAGCUCAGCCAUAUAG